UGUCCCCGCGCUGCUGGCCCCGCUGGCACUUCAUUGAGAAAACGGCCAUUGACGCCAUGUGGAGAACUCGCUCGCUCCAGCCAAUCAGUCCAGGGACAUGUGUUUUUUUUUAAUGAGGACCGCUUAAUCACAGAGCGGUCAAGGCUGUGAAGGGGUGUUUCACUUGUGACUGAGCCUUAUAAGAAGAGCUGGUUAUAACAGCCAUGGGCUGGCAGAGCUGGGAGGACAGACUGCGCCCCAGGAGCGUUGCCUGAGGCGGGGGGGUUGCGAGGGUGCCCUCCUGCUUUACGGAUCUCCUCCCUCUGCUGCGGCAGGAGCUUAAUUUCACCGAGGACCCAGGCGCCCAGCUCGGCUAUAACAACGAGCAGCAUGGACGUGGACUGUGAGAGGUGCCAGUGCCACAGCGAGGACAACCGCACCGCCAUCCUCUACACCCUCCUCAGCCAGAACCUGAACCACAGCCGGGUCAGCUGCGGUCCGGCCCACCAGCGCUGCCUGUGCCACCAGCGCCGGACCGUCUGCCUCCGCACACCCCAUGUCACCUGCCAGGCGGCCUCUGACGUGCUGGUGAAAACCGUCAGCUUCAUGAAAAACCUGCCUUCAUUCCAACUGCUGCCCCGCGAGGACCAGCUCUUGCUGCUGGACAGCUGCUGGGUCCCCCUCUUCCUGCUGGGGCUGGUCCAGGAGAUGGUGACGUUCGAGGUGAUGGAGACGCCGGCCCCCAGCAUGCUCAAGAAGAUCCUUCUCGACGGCCAAAGCAAACAGCAGGAGCCCGAGCGGAUGCAACCCACGCUGGCCGCGGUGCAGCGGCUGCAGUGCUGCCUGAACACCUUUUGGAGCCUGGAUCUGAGCCCAAAGGAGUAUGCCUACCUGAAGGGUGCCAUUCUCUUUAAUCCUGAUGUCCCAGGGCUGAGGGCCUCCCUGUACAUUGAGAGCCUCCAGCGGGAAGCCCAGAGAGCGCUGCAAGAAGUCCUGCAGCCCCUGCACCCCGAGGACCAGGGCCGCUUUGCCCGCAUCUUGCUGAUUGCCUCCACCUUGAAAUCUAUCCGUCCCGCGCUCAUCACAGACCUCUUCUUCAGGCCAGUCAUCGGCAAUGCAGAUAUCGUUGAGCUCAUCGCGGAAAUGCUGUAUGAAAUAACCAGCAGGCAGCUGGCUCCUUUGUCACGCAUGGCACUUUGAGCAACUGCACUUGGCCGUCAGCCCCACGGACAUCACCUGCUCCCCAAGUCAAGUGUCACAGGGCAGCAAAGUGAAUCUGGGAGCAGGGUUUAGACAGGCGCUCUGGACUUUGCAGAGAACUGCCUUUGUGUGUAUUUCGUUAGGAUUGACGAGCAGCUUCAGUGGCUGUAAUUUUCAGCCAGGAUGCAGAACACAGACAAAUCACUUUGAUUCAGCAGAUGUUUACAGCAGCUAUUGCUCGGUCUGUGCCAGUCUCGGAGCCGGGCUGUUGCAGGGAGUGUGUGUGUGUGUGUGUGUGUGUGCGUGACAGGUUUGUUUCCCUGUUCUGUAGCAAGUGCUGCUCAGCUGUCUGCAAACACACCAGUCCUGCAACACAGUGUAGAUCGGGUUAGAGCCUGGUCCAUAUCUUUUCACUCAGUGAAUAUCUGGCCCCAUUGAAAUCAACGUUUGUUUUGCUGUUAACUCCAAUGGGAUGUGGUUUGAUCUCAACUAACUGUCCAAACAGCUUGAUUCUGCAGUAUUUAGUAUUUAGGUAUGCUGAAUAAUAUGUCUUCAGUGGAAUCUCUGAUCUGGAUAUUGCUAAGUGCAAACACCAUGGAAUAAGGCCCUAGUGAAGUCUCAGCAUGUGUCUAUUAUGCAUUAAAUUUUAGAAAUACUCAUAAAGAACCUUUUCCUCAGACACCAAGAAGGAAAAGGCCAGUUUAAAAGCUUAAGGGGUGUGCAAACAGUCAAAUUCACCCCUUCUUCCUUUUCCUAGACUGUUUUAUCUUUUCUUCAUAAUGCCAAGAAAUACAACAGAAUUUCUCUCAGAGCAAUGGAUUACUUGAGAGUAGCCAAAUCUAUUGCCCAUAAUGCUGCAGGGGGACUUCAGGGACUUCAUCUUAACUUCAUCUUACAUACUAUGUGGGUGUUUUUCACAAUAUCAAGGAUGGCUUAGGCUGUCAGCUUAACUCCAUUUGCAUGUCAAUAAGUGACCCAUGGUACACACUGCAGAAACAAGUGGAGCUAUUUUAGUGGUAGAACAAAACAUUCCUUCCUUGAGUUACAGCUCGUUGCACAUGUAGCAUGUCUGGAAAGGUCGUCGCUCCUUCUGUCUACAGCUUUCACAAUGAGUUCAGAUGUCAGUAUUUUAUAAGUGAAUAUUCUUGAGGUUUGUAUAUAAGAGGUGGUAAAUUAUUUUUUUAAUAAAAUGUUUUGCAUUCUGGAAAA